AUGGACGCAAUCCUCUUGCGAAACCUCGUGGAGAUCCAAUCCGGCCCUUCUCCCGACGAGGCGACCAGGCCGCUCACAGCCCCGGAAAAGACCUACCAGAGGACCUAUUCCAGCGGCCCGUACCAGGAAGAGAUUGUCAAUGUGCGGCCUCGUAGUGAUACAUUCGCCUCUGGUGUAGUCACGCCUAGGACAGAAGAUGCCGAUCUGGAGAGAAGUCGUCCGGCGAGCCCGGCUCUCGAGGUUGAUGCCGUGGAAGUGAUUCCCAGCGUGUGGGAGCCGUAUAUGAAUCGCUUCAGACUGCUGUCUGUGUGUCUGGCCAACUUUGGCAAUGCGUUGAGUGACAGUGCCGCCGGUGCUCUGAUUCCCUACAUGGAAAAACACUAUGAAAUCGGAUACGCCAUUGUAUCGCUCAUCUUCGUCGGCCAAGCCCUGGGCUUCGUCUUUGCCGCCGUCUUCCUCGACACGCUGCGUGCGAAGCUGGGCCGGGCAAAGCUCAUUGCCGUCGGCCAGAUGCUCAUGGCGUGUGCCUACAUCCCUCUCGUCGCCGCCGCCCCCUUUGGCGUCGUCGUGGCUGCGUUUUUCUUCGUCGGCCUGGGCAUUGCUAUUAAUGUCGCCAUGGGCAACAUCUUUUGCGGCAGUCUGCAGAACAGCACCAUCAUGCUGGGCAUGUUGCAUGGGAGUUAUGGCAUUGGAGGCACUUCAGGCCCCCUGAUUGCCACGGCGUUGGUUACCGUGGCGCACACGGCGUGGAAUCACUACUACAUCUUGACCCUGGGGAUUGGCUUCGUGACCAUGACGCUCUCGGCGUGGGCGUUCUGGCGGUUUGAAAAGGAGCAAAGCCCGGCGGUCCGCGAGAGAGAAGCAGCGCCAGACAACUCGGCCUUCCUGGGCAUGUUUGCCGCGGUGAAGCUGCGCAUCGUGCUGCUAGGAUCAACCUUCAUCUUCGCCUACCAGGGCGCCGAGGUGUCCAUCUCCGGCUGGGUCAUCUCCUUCCUCAUCAACUCGCGCGGCGGCGACCCAUCCUCCGUCGGCUACGUCUCAGCCGGUUUCUGGGCCGGCAUCACCAUCGGCCGCUUCUUCCUGUCCGGCCCCGCCGCUCGCUUCGGCGAAAAGGUCUUCGUCUACGGCCUGGUCGCGGGCGCCCUGGCCUUUGAGCUCCUGGUGUGGUUCGUGCCCAACGUCGUGGGCGACGCCGUGGCCGUGAGCAUCGUCGGCCUGCUGCUGGGGCCCAUCUACCCGUGCUCGGCGGCCGUCUUCAUGCGCGGCAUGUCGCACCGGGACAUCCUGAGCGGGAUGGGGGCCAUCAGCGCGUUUGGGAGCUUGGGGGGCGCCGUUGCGCCGUUUGUGACGGGGUUGUUGGCGCAGGCGGUUGGGACGUGGGUGUUGCAUCCGAUUGUGAUUUUCUUGUUUGUCGUGAUGCUGCUGUGCUGGUAUGGCAUUCCUUCUGAGACGAAGGAGAAGAAGUGA